GGACAAGGAUGACAGCAGCGGUGUGGUGUCGGAGAUGUGUGAACACGGGCAAAGUAUUUCUGGUGUGGCCAUGCUUGAUUUGCAAGAUUGCAAUGAGCAAAGCAAAACUGAUCUCAAGGCAGAAGAAAACUGCUGCAGUCAGCACAACCCCAACGAGCCCGAGCAGGGUAAUCACUCUUUGAUCUCAGCUAGUCAGCAUGAAGCAGCAUGUCAGAGCGAUACGUCUGCUAAAGGGUCUGACAAGAGUGAGCAGCCAGGCAGGAUAGAGGAGAAUAGUGGUGAAAGCCAUGCUGCUGCUGCUGCUGUAAAGGCUCUUCCAGGGACAGGGAAUUCAGCAAGUGCCACUAACACGUCACAGGCUUUGCCAAGUGGUAUGGAACUAGCGCAUACCUCUGAUAAUCCCGGGAAAAAUGAUCCUCAAAUAUCUCAUACAGAAACUCAAGGGAAAAUGCCAUUCAUGGCAAAGAACCUCAAAAAGACUCUUACUGGUGAUGGGGGAGUCACCCAGAGUGAUGGAGACAUGGAGGAAAGUGCUGCUGCCACAGAAACAAGCAAUGUGAAGGGUGAUAAAAGACCAGGGGCACAGGGAGGUCCUUCACCACUGCAGGCACACAGGGAAGCAAUUCCCACCGAUAAGUUGUAUAAACCCAGCUGCCUUCAAAACACAGCAGAGGAGCCUGGUUCUUGUCAAGCAGAUUUUAUAGCCCUCUCUGCACUCGGCCAUCCUGGCCAGCAACCUGGAAACCACGCAGCCAGUGGUACCGGGGGGGAAGCACUGAAUAACGAGCUGGAAGUUGUAGCAUGCCAAAAUGCCUUAGAAGGGAACCCCAAUCUAGAGAUUGAUGCAGGUUCUCAGGGGUCUGUGCAUGCAGGUCCCUCACCUAGUGUAGGCACAGGUAGACCAGCAAAUCCAGACAGCUCUGAAGGGGGUAGGUGUGUGAAUGAAAUAGAUGUUCCAGACCGAGGUUUUCAGGGCGAUGGAGACAGGAGUUCAGCCCUGCCAGAGACUGUAAAUGUGGGGCAGAGGACUGCAAACUUAUCGCAGUUCAAUUCUGAGAAGCUGAAGGAAGAAAUCUCUGCAAUUAAAUCCCCCCAAACAAAAAGUGAGGUAAACUUCAAAGCCCAGCAAAGUGACAGUUCAGCAGAGCCUCUGCGCGCGCUCCCCACUCUAGAAGGGAAGCUGCUGAGCCUUUCAUCAUCACAAGAAAGCCGUAAUGAGGAAAUUGCAUCCAGCAUGGGCGUAGAUGACAGGCACGGUGAGAUCUUAGAGAAACCUGGGAAUCCAGGAGAAAUGGAAGAGCUUUCAAAAGAGAAUAAUAACAUAACUGGGGCAGAGCUCAGCGCUCCCGAGCAGGCUGCAGGGAGCUCUGGAAGGGAGCAUGAGGCUCUGACUUGCCACUCCCUGGACAUCGGCUCCAGCUUCCCAGACUUUAGGCAGCACAUCAGCCAGAUAUUUAAAAGCACCGUGCACAGCACACUGAGUGCUGAGUUACCCCAACGGCUGCCUGAAAACCAUGCAGGCUUCAAGCAGAGGCCGGUGGCCACGGAUACAGGAGGAGUGUGCGGUGCUGAGAACUGUUCAGGAUCAAACAAGGUGGGCGAACGAGCUCCCGAGGGCACCUCAGAAGCAGAGGGGCAAGAGCUGCCUUUAGCUCCUGAGGCUUCCUGCAGAGCUGGCAAAGGGGAAUCUCUGCAAGGAGGAAACGCAGCGGCAGAGCUGCCAACGGCAGGUCUCCAGGAUGCUGAGGAAAGCAAGCAGCCCGGUAGGUGUUUAGAAGUGGUUCCUGCAUUGGAUGGCAGCACACCUGCUGAAUGCCCUCUGGAACAUCAGCGAAAGCCAGAGCAAACCACUGAGCAUCCAGAGAGCGGCAAGAUGGAAGGAGAGGAAGGCGCGUGUGCGAGUGGUGCUGAUCCCGAACCGCUAAUAAGCUUAGGGAUAAAGAAGCAAGGACCAGCUUCAUGUGGUGGGGCAGCAGCUGAGAACUUCCUUGCAUGUUCUGACAGUAAGCAACAACCCACUGGAGCUGCCACCUCGACAGGCAAUGCGCAGAAGAGGGACUUAGAAGAUGCUGCUACCGCAGAGGGAAAUAACUUUAUUACAGAGUGUAACACAGAACCAGUUUCAUCUGAAGAGGAUGUAAAUCUUCCUACUGAACAGUGCCAGGAUCCUAAGGCAAACGAGCAGGAGCAAAGCGAAUACGGUGAUGUGGAUGUUGCCAAGAGCAUCUCUGAUAUGGCAGCUUCAACACUUGUCCCAGGAGGCUCUUACAAUCAUGACAAAUUGCCAGGCAAUUUUAAUGCAUCACCUGGGGGAAAUCAGGAGACCCACGUUCGCAGCAGUUUCGUGCAUGAUAGUAAGUCUCAGAAUGCCGUGCAGGGGAUACAGGAUGAUCCUGUGAAUAGGAAAUGCUUGGAAACGUUGGAAAAUCCACAAGAUGCACAGCAAGAAAAGAAAGGGACCGUGCAUGGGUUAAUAGAUUACUUAAAAACCGAAGUAAGCCAGGAUGAUUGCUUGCAAACUGACUCUACAGUAGAACCUAGCGAUAUAACUGAGGGAGAUGUGAAAGAGAACAGUGACACGGUGCUGAGCACAACAAAGGCAGGUAACAUAAAAACUGGAGACAUCCCUGGAACAGGUACUGCAAGGAUGUUAGUCACUGGUGAAGGUGACUUGGCCAUAAACACGAGCACUGAGGAGCAGGACACAGACCUGCACAAAAAGCACUCCCCAGCCACUCCUGUGAUGGAGCAGAGUGAGGGUUCUGCACACACAGAUCUCACUGAUGCUGAAAAUCAGGCGAGCAGGACGAAUCCAGAAGAUGAAAGCUCACUUCAGGAUGCCACAAGAAAGCUAUCCCCGCUUGCCUUGGCUGAGCCUAAGAACCUUGACUUCACUGAACUGCAAGAAACCGCUGUGGCAGGAUUACCUACUGAAAGCCCUCCUGGGCCAGGUGAUGCUAUACAGUUGGCCUCUCCCCUUGAUCCUUCUGAGCAACCCUUACCUGUUACUACAGCGUUUGGAAAUGUUGAGCCCCUGGAUGCUGCUGAGCUGACUGCAGUAAGUGCUUCCACGCCUGGUAACUGCAGAGAAGCUGAUACCCUUGUGUCUGGGGAUGUACCUUUGCCUGCAGCCCCUGGUGAUGGUGUAGAGCUGCCUGCUGAAGAAACCAAAGGCUUCACGAGGGAUAAAAAGAGGAGCUCGGACUCUGAAGAAGCAUUUGAGACCCCGGAGUCCACUACACCGGUAAAGGCACCACCGUCACCUCCACAGCCACCCCCUGAAGCAGCAGCAGUUGUAGCUGACAUAGCAGAACAAGAACUCAAGCCCCAGCUGCCCUUGGAAGACACAGGAUCAUGUUCAGAAACUGUACCUGUAACUGAUGUGUCACACAGUGAAUCAGUUGAAGAAAGCCCUUUCCGUCCCCCUUCCCACUCUUUUUCCACCGUCUUCGAUGAGGACAAGCCAAUAGCCAGCAGUGGAACUUACAACUUGGACUUCGAUAACAUUGAGUUGGUUGAUUCUCUCCAUGCCUUAGGACCAAGCUCUCCAGAAUCAAAGAAUCGUGACCCCAAAGCAAAUGUGCGAAGAAAAUCUACUGAUUCACUCCCAGUUUCCAAAUCUACGUUGUCUCGAUCUCUUAGCUUGCAAGCUAGUGAUUUUGAUGGAGCAUCUUAUCUUGGCAACAGUGAGACAUUAGCACCGGCAGCAGAUGUGUAUGGUACUGGUUCAAGCAGUGCUUCUAGUACCCUUAAGAGAACAAAGAAAUCCAGACCAGCUUCCUUAAAAAAGAAGCAGCCAGCCAAAAAACCUCUGGAUGCUCCUCUGGUGAAGGAAACACCUCAAGAACCACCUGACCUUGGCCAAGCUGACUGUGACCCAGGUGAGGAUAAAACAGCAUCUGAAGCUAAGGCUGAUUCAGUAAGGCCUGAAUGUACUGAACCUUCUAAAAUCUCUGCUGAGAAACAGGAGGCUCCACCUGUGCCUGAAGGAUCCCACCCUGUGGAUCCAGACAGUUUGGAAGGGAUUAGUGCAUUUAGCACUGGAGGCAGCAAGGUACAAAACUCUCCCCCUGCCAAUAAGAAACCACUACCUCUUACAACGGCACCGGAGGCUGAGGAGGUGACUCCACCAGAUACUGGAGGACAAGAAGACCCUCCAGUCAAAGGUGUUGCAGUGAGGCUGGAGUUUGAUUACUCUGAAGAGAAAGGGGUGAGUGAAGACCAGCAGGAGAGUACUCCUCCUCCCAAAAAAGCAGGUAAAAAGCCUGGUGCUAAAAUGCCACUAAGGAGGCCAAAGACUAAAAAGUCAGUGGAAAAGCUUGACAAUGCUCCUACCACACCAACUAAGUCACCCACUGAUCCAAACGAAAUCCCUAUCACAAAAGGCUCUUACACUUUUGAUAUUGACAAGUGGGAUGAUCCCAAUUUUAACCCUUUCUCAUCUAGUACAAAAAUGCAAGAAUCACCCAAACUGCCUCAGCAAACGUACAGUUUUGAGCCAGACAUGUGCGAGGACUCUAUUGACCCUUUCAAGUCUUCUUCUAAGAUAGCCAGCUCGCCCUCUAAAUCUCCAGCUUCCUUUGAGAUACCAGCCAGUGCCAAUGAAACAAAUGGAACAGAAGGAGACAACUUGAAUAAACCUGCAAAGAAGAAGAAGACACCAUUAAAAACGAUGGUAGAAGAUGUGAUGUCUGUAUGUUCUCUGUUUGAUACAUUUAGGGUGAAAAAAUCACCAAAAAGAUCCCCACUAUCUGAUCCUCCUUCUCAGGAUCCCACUCCACUGCCUACUCCAGAAACACCUCCCGUCAUAUCCACAGUGGUUCAUGCGACAGAUGAGGAGAAGCUGGCAUCUUCAGUGACCAGCCAGAAGUGGACCUGCAUGACCGUGGACCUGAACACGGAUAAGCAGGAUUAUCCACAGCCUUCUGAUCUGUCUACAUUUGUGAAUGAGACCAAGUUCAGCUCUCCUACAGAGGACUUGGAAUAUGGCAACUCAUAUGAAAUAGAAUAUAUGGAGAAAAUAGGCUCCUCUGUGCCUGAUGACAGCACCCCGAAGAAGCAGUCUUUAUACCUAAUGUUUGAUGCCCAGCAGGAGAGCCCAGUCAAAUCACCUCCCAUCAGGCUGUCUGAUUCCACAACACCAUGCUCAGGGUCAAGUUUUGAAGACCCUGAAGCCCAGCAAUCCUCUGGGAUGAAAAUACAACAUCCAGCUUCCCGAGUCCUAGCUGCCAGCCAAGAGGCACACUUACAGUCACCUGACAAGUCAAAGCAGAAAGACCUAGAGCCUAUGACCCUAGGAACGACUCCAGAGGCUAUUGAAAUAGCAUCUCCUGAAGACUCCUUUGUCUCUGCUGAUGCUCUUCUCAAUAGGAUAUCUAAGAAAACCUCAAUCUGUGAGCAGCCUGAGUAUCUAGAUCCUGACUUAGCAGAAAAGAACCCCCCAGUAUUUGCUCAGAAACUUCAGGAGGAGUUAGAGUUUGCUGCAAUGAGGAUAGAAGCAUUGAAACUAGCCAGGCAGAUUGCCCCGUCUUCUUUCUGCUCCAAGAGAGAACCUGCUAUCCCAGCAGAUGUUUCCAUCUCUAAGAGCGCUCUGUACUCCCGGAUCGGCACCACGGAUGCAGAAAGCACCACGGGUCUCCUCUACCCACAGCAAGACUUAGACUCUGCACUACGACUCGCCAGAGCAGAGAUUGUGUCCAAGGAAAGGGAAGUAUCUGAGUGGAAAGAGAAAUACGAAGAAAGCAGAAGGGAAGUGAUGGAAAUGAGGAAAAUAGUUUCAGAAUACGAGAAGACGAUUGCUCAGAUGAUAGAGGAUGAACAGAGAGAGAAAUCUGUCUCCCAUCACACUGUUCAGCAGCUGAUAGUGGAGAAGGAACAAGCGUUGGCAGAUCUGAACUCAGUGGAGAAGUCACUGGCAGAUCUUUUCAGGAGAUACGAGAAAAUGAAAGAAGUAUUGGAGGGGUUUCGGAAGAAUGAAGAAGUGUUAAAGAAAUGUGCGCAGGAGUAUUUGUCACGAGUAAAGAAGGAAGAGCAGAGGUAUCAAGCACUCAAAAUUCACGCUGAGGAAAAACUGGACAGAGCCAAUGCUGAAAUUGCACAAGUGAGAGGCAAGGCUCAGCAAGAGCAGGCAGCGUACCAGGCCAGCCUUCGUAAAGAGCAGCUCAAAGUGGACGCAUUGGAAAGAACACUGGAACAAAAGAAUAAAGAGAUAGAAGAAUUAACAAAGAUUUGUGAUGAACUGAUUGCCAAAAUGGGGAAAAGCUAACUUCUAACCAAAUUUCUGGACUUCCAUAUUGAGUGCAAUAUGACCAUUGGCACACUGAUGUCCAUACAUUUAUGUGGACAGGUUAUAUUUUCACUUUUUCGUAUGCACUACUGUAUUUUCUUUCUAAAUAAAGUUGAUUUAAUUGUAUGCAGUACUCAGAUGACUAUCAGAAUUUCUUGCUAUUGUUUGCAUUUUCAUAGUAUAAUUCAUAGCAAGUUGAUCUCAAAGUUCCUGUAUCAGGGAGAUUGUCAAGUUCUCUAAUUACAAAUUGCUGAUCCUAGCCUUCCCUUUGUACAUGAGUUCCCAUGUUGGAUGUCUUUUGGAUUUAAUAUAAACAUGUAUUACUUGCAUGGGGACUCUUGCCUUAAGGAGCAUAAACUUUAUCUGCAUUUGCUGAUUUGUAAAAUAAAAUGAAAAAUGGAAGAAAAAAAAGGAAAUGCAUGUCACUGAAAUGAAAUUCUCUAUUGUAAAUAAAUUUUUUCGUUGAAAGUUGAA